AUGGACGUUGAUUUCGGGAACGAGAGCGGGGGGUGGAACGCGACGGAGGAGGGGCCGAGUCAGAACUUGUACAAUUACUGGGCCUGGAGCAUCGUGGACGGAUCACUGAUGCUGCUUAUCGUCAGUGGAAAUACGCUCACGAUACUGGCUGUGACUUUGAGCAGGCGGUUGUCGUCGCUCGUAUCCAAUCAGUUCGUGUUGAAUCUGGCUAUAUCAGACCUUAUGGUGGGGUUGACGCUGCCCUAUCAUCUCGUCUUUUACUUAGAUGACGAAUUAGGCAAGAUAAAGUGGUGUUGCCUGAUGAGAUUCAUUCUGAUAAUACUGGCGUGUCUCGCUUCUAUAUACAAUAUCAUAGCGAUCGCUGUUGAUAGGUACAUUGCGAUAGUACACCCACUACACUACAGUCGGUACCUGACGAAACUGGUGACACGGUUGCUGAUGAGCGCCACGUGGACCGUCGCCGUCUGCAUCAGUUGCAUACCUAUAUUCUGGAACGACUGGCACGAAGGAGUAGCAUGCGAGAUGAAUUUGGUUGUGCCGAAGUCCUACACGACUAGUAUCCUGGCUCCGAUGUUCUCUCUGAUCUGGAUGGUGAUGUUUAUACUGUACUGGCGGAUAUGGCGGGAAGCGACCUGUCACGCCAGGCGCAUGAGAGCUAACACUUGCUGUCCUACAGGGGCUAAUGAUUGGAAGAGUAUACAGGUCGUACUUCUAGUGCUUGGAUCAUUUUCAAUAUGCUGGAUGCCGUUCGUGGUAGUGGCUUGUGCACAAACGCUGCCAAUCAUGCCGCUCCACAACCACAUUGCAUAUCGGCUGACAUCAUCACUAGCUAUGUCCAACUCCGGAAUAAACCCUCUAAUCUACGCGUGGAAGAAUGCCGGUUUCCGGGCGGCAUUCGCGAAGCUAUUACGGUGUAAAAGGCCUGACACGUCAGAGUAUCGGGGGUCUCCGGCUCCAGAGAGAAAACGUGGCUCUGUGGCGCUGCGUGAAGGAUCGAUAACGCGGUCCAGCGCUCCCAGUGCGCUGUCAAGCCUCGGUGGACGACCAGCUCGGUUGCUAUACACCGAGCGCGAGACAGACACAGCCCGAUGCCGCAUCAUAGAGAACGCCGGGUAUAUGGACGCAGAGUGCGGUGAUGCCAACCCGUCGUACGCGCCCGACGGGCCUACCCCCGUCCAUAGGCCUGCCGGGGCCACGCGCGCUGAAGUAGUGUAG